AUGGACUCUCGGCGCAUGGCAUCAGAGCUCGCAGCAUUGCCAAAGCCGGUCACGAAGACAGGCUCGACAUUCUUGGGCCGCCCGUUCUCCGAGUUGAUCGCCGAGCGCAGUGCAGAUCUGGCAAAGCUGAAAGCCGAACUGGGUGCACUGUCCAAAGACCACUUCCAGAUGGACGACAUAGCACUGGUUCGCUAUCUGUGUGGGUUCGGCAGCGUCCAGAACAGCUUUGCAGCAAUCCGUGCUGCAGCAUAUCUCAGCAAGACGAAAGCAGAUCUGCUGAAAUCAGCUGAAGUUGAACAGUCUGCUCCGUGCGCUGACAAGAUUGAGCCUUAUUCCAAGUUUCACCUCUGGGAAUCUGGGGAUAGAAUGCUCUUCAUCGUCCCAGUCGCACAGACUGACUUCAAGCCACUUAUGAAGGCAGCUUCUGAAGAAGACAUCAUCGACUACAGCCUCCACACCGCACGGAGACUCUGGAACUGGGUCGACAGGACUUCACGCAGGUGUGGCAGAAUCAUGAAGUACGAGGUAGUCUGCGACUUCACGGGCUUCUCCUUCCUUACCAUGCCUCCGCGCGCCUAUGUGCAGGCCAUGUCGCAGAUGAGCGAGAUGUCCGAGGUGUUGCACCCGCUGUCCAUGGGAUCUACCACGGUGACAGGCCUGCCGGGCGCACAUCUCGCCAGGAGAUUGAGCAGCAUGUUCCGGCCCUUCCUCCCCAAGUCCAUGGCUGAGACACAAAUCUGCUGUGGGGAUCGAACGAAGCAAUCGCCGGCCUCCUGUCCGUACCUCCAGAGGCACUUCGCAGAUGACAUGCGUUCGCUUGAUAGUCUUCUGGGUAGAAUUUGCCCGGUGACUGGCCAUGCUGCCAAGAUGGAGUCGGACUGGACUGAGAAGAAACUUGUCGACUUCGAGGCACACGUGGCAACCCUCGAUCCGGAAAGCACCGAGAUCAAGACGAUUUCCCUUUGA